AUGCCCGCGGCCGCCCGGCCCGGCCGGCGAGCUAAUCAGCCACCCCCAGGGCUCGGGGCUCGCCGGCCCCCGGGACGCAGCCCUCGGCUGCCGGGCGCCCGCUCUGCCCGCACGCCCCCGCCGUGCACCCGGGAAGGAGUUUGCUUGGCUGUCGCUCCGGCUGUCCGCGGAGGCUGCGGGCGCGAGGGGGGACCCUCGGCUGGGAGAGAACCUCGGGAGGACGAGGAAGAGGACGCUUUGGCGGAGAAGCCACCCCUGGCCCUCGCGGCUCCCCCUACCUAUUCCAUCGCUCCCGCUCCGAGGCGGAAAGGGGAGGACGUGGAAGAAGAAAAAGAAAGAGAAGGGGGCGGCGGCGGCAGCAGCAGCGAGAGGAGGAGAAGCAGCCCUGGCUGUGACUGCCGCAUGUUAAUAGCUGCCGCUGGGUCCCUCGGCUGCUGCUGGAGACAGAGCCUGACUCCGAAGUUGUGCAACUGUGGACUGGGAGAGACCCGCCUGUGGUUGGGGGUGUCUGCACAGGGGCCGGCCGGUUUUUUGCCCCGGGCUCAAUGGCUGGAUUGUGGAAACUGCGCUCAGGUUGUUGAGCAACUGAUGGGACGAUCUCAGGGACCGGCGGUUACGAAAGUGCCAUCCCCUGGUGGGGGCAGAAAGCGGACCAGAGGGCGCCUUUUCUCCGCCGGGCUGGAACUGGUGCCGCUGGAGGCGGGAGCGGGCUGGAGGACGGACAGGGUCUGGACCUUCCCUGGUGGCUGCUUUUGCCUAGGUCGCGCCCCUGAGUCGCGGAGUCUUGCUGCCUCCCCGCGCCCCGCCUGUUGUGUCCCCUUCACGGCACUUUGGUCUAGACCUCCGUGCCCAGGCUUUGUGAAGUGGCUUUGGCUGGAGAAAGCUGCCACUUUCGUGGGUGGCCCGGGCUUCGUUGUGCUGGUAGUGGGCACUGGGCGAGGGGCGGCGGUGUUGCACGAAUCCAGGCGGCCGCGGCGACGGGGCGGGGUGGGCAGGGCAUUGGUGGUCGAGGUUGGCGGGUUACAGGUAGGAGAAGAGGCACCUCGGUGCUUCUCUCGGGAGAAGGGAAGGCUCCAGGCUGCAGCGGAGCCUCAGAGCUGCGGAGACCCAGCCUCAGGUCCCACGUCGGAGCUCAGAAGCUUAGCGUGCCAGGCCCCCAGCAGUAUAGGGGUGUGUGUGUGUGUGUGUGUAGGUGUGGGGGCGACCUCCUCUACCGGGGUUACUUGGCGGCGGAGUCGGCGUGUGAGUGUGUGCGCAUAUUUGCGCCCCAGGUUCGGCAGGGAGAUAUUUGCGGGGAUGCCUGAGCUGAUGCUACUGGAGCUGAGCUUGCUUAUUGAAAUCGCCUGGGAUCCGCUUAACUGGAAAAUCUGGUAUGAGGAGGCCACGGGGACUCCCGCAGGGUGGCGAGAAAGCCUCAUCAGGACCCCUUCCCCCGGAGAGGCGCAGCUCGGCGAGAUGCGUGCCACGCGUGAGAGUCGCUGGUGCAGCGCUUGAUGCACCUCAGCUUGGCCCUGAUGAGGACCUCAUAGAGUAGUCAUCUCUCCAGCAGAUCGAAGUAAUCGAGUCCAGCUAGCGUAACUCCUCCCUGGAAUUCUCUGGCCACUUUCCUUCCUCUGAUAGAAACAUGCGCUGCUUUUAUUUAUGGCCAGAGAUAUCAUAGCAGUUGGGGGAACUCGAGCCUUGCGAGCCACCUCCAGGGUGUCUCCUCCCUGUGUCUGCCUGUGAUCCCUGCCUGCGGUAGUUAGAGCACAUUGUAAACAACGGUGUAAGCACUCCUGCCACAGUCUCCUUUAGAGCCGAACCUGCUGUCGUCUGUUGUGUUUACUUUCCUGGCUGUAUUACUCAUUAGGAAGUAUAAAGCUUCUUGCACCUCUGAUUUUACAUCCUUCCAGCCAGCUGCUGGGGAAAUGAGGAGACGCAUAGACUCUGGCAGGAAGGAAAAAUUGCCUUCUGUGUUUUGCUCUGAAGUAAAUAGGCGGUCUGCUAAUUUUAGUGUCGUAUGGGCUAUCAUCACUAGUUGAAGAAUGUCAUCGUAGAAUCUGCAAAGAAACACUUCUUUAGCAUUUUUGCAUUUGGAGACUCUCCUAUAUUUCCCUAUGAGAAUAAACAGAGUUAAGUAAGAUUUCUCUAGUAUAUUUUUCCAUAUGUAAUGGUCCAAAAUGAUCUGGACUUCUGGCGCCCAAUUUUUCUGUAUGUGGAUUACAAAUAGGAUAGAAUUCUCUGCUCUUUUAUACAUCACCAAAAUAGGAUACCAGAUAAUUUGUAUGGGAGUUAAGAGGAUAUUCGUGUGUUGAAUUCUCUCUCAGCUUUGUUUCACUCAAUCUUACUUACUUAUUUAUUUGUAACCAAAGCCAGGGUAAAGCAUGUACAAAUAUAAACACAGUUUAUAAACUGUUACUUUUGCAGGUGAAACUGUUUUUUCAUUUCAGUAAUUAAAAUGUAUUAAAUUCCUUAGGUCUAGGUUAGCUCUGACUGUCUUGGUGUUUGUUGCAAAUGCUUGUUUAAAUUCUAUUCUGUUUUAAAAAGUAUAGUACUGUUAAUGUAACAGCGUACUUUGUUUUUAGAUACAAUUAUGUCUGGAUGUCUUCAUUAUUUUUUGAAGACCUUGACCUCUUGAAAAAGCAUAGAUUGCAAAAGACAAAUGCCAAAUCAUUGAUGCUUGACUUUGAUUAAGUUAUUUUUUUUUAUGAGAGAUAUUGCUAAUGGCCAUUACCUUAAUAGAAAACUUAGAAAAUUUUGGUUUAAUUCAUGAGAAUCUAGCUUCAUGUAUUUGUUUCAUUUCUAGAAGAUACGUGUUCAAGUUUUUAAACCUGCAAAUAUUCCUGAGGAUUAAAGAAUACUUGUCCUCCCAUUUUAGAAGAUCUAAUCACAGUGAUUCCCAGUCCUUACAAGAUUUGAUCAGAUCUGUUCUUUGUUUCCUAGCAGCAUGUGUUUCCUAGCAGUCAUACAUUCCACAGGUCCUGAUGUCAUUAGAACUGUGCCUGUCAGUGUAUUGUACUGUCUUUAGCUGAAGGUGAAUGUGUCAGAGUAUUUGAAUGCCAUUCCAUAGCUCUUCUUUAUCACUAAGUAUUCAGUAACCUGAUCCAUUUGUGUAUAUGGUUGACUAGAUUAUUUCUACAAAAUAAAGGUAGGAGGAAUGAUUAAUACAAAGUUUUCUCUGAACUAUUUAAUUCUUUUAGAUAGAGAUGUUAGGCUGCAUCAGGAGUCCCUGGCCUGAAGAGUGAUAAGCCAGCAUGUGAUUUGCCUGAUGGGUAAAUGCUUUUGAUGUCUCAUUUUAGGUUGCUUAGUGUGAUUAUCCUUCAGACUGAGAGUGCUCCUCAAAAAUAUGAAUGGAAAGGCUUUCAAAAAUGAUAUUCUUAAUCAUGAUCUUCUUACAUUUUACAGAUCUAAAUACUCUUUUCCACAGGGGAUGAUAGCAAGUAUGGCAGUACUGGCUGCGGCUACUGUGCCUGGCAUUGUUUCUACUCAUUAGGAAAGGCAGGUUUUUUAUGGAUUUGAUUUACCAUCGAUUCCUUUGUGAGCUAUAUAUAGCCAAGGAAAUCAUAAAUAGUAGAUAAGAAAAGACUAUAAAAUCAUGAGGAUUGAAGUUAAUCAGAUAAAAUGAUGCAAAACUGAAUUGUUUUUCAGAUUUGAUUUGGACCACUUUAAGUGUUGGUUGAAACUCUCUUUGAAAAGGGCUGCCAAGUAGAAGUGACAGUUACUGUUAGGAGUGGGGAGUUUUGGCCCAGAAAUCAGCAAGGAAAACUGAUUGCGAUUUUCAUAUUUAGGAUCAAACAGUGAUUUUAAGAAAUGCUGUGCAGCCUUAAUUUAGCAUGGUGUGAAUGGCUAGAGCAGUUGGAAUUAAGAAAGGAUGAUCUGUCCUUAAGUUUGCAAAUGGCUAUUUUGCCUUCUCUUUCCUAGAUUUGCAUUAUAUUCAAAAUAUGCAUUUGCUCACUUUGGGAGGAGCCCUAAAGAAUAUGGCUGUAUUGUAAUUUAUCAUUUGUUUGCCCACAAGGACAUUUUUAUACUUAGAUGAUUACUGCAUUUAUGCCUUCUCAUUUCAUGCAAAUGCAUUUCUUUGCAGAAUAACCAAUUUUAUAAUAAAA